UUCAGGGAAAGAAAGAGGUUGUGUAUACUCUGAGCCCCAGGGUUGUAAAUUCUUAAGAGAAAUAUACUUUAACCCUCAGUCCUCCAGUAUACAGGAGAUGAUUAUGCCACGAGUUACAGCUUGCCUUCUUCGACAUCUUCCCUGGUUACAGGUUGUUGAUCUCUCCAACCUUCAUACUGGGAUAGAACAUUAUUAUAGAGGAUCAACACAUCGACAAAGUCGAGUAAAAUCGUUAAAUCUUGUUCACUAUACCGGAAGUGAUAGAUUAGCGGAAGUAAUGGAGAUCUGUCCAAAAUUAAGAACAUUCAAACUAUUUGUUACUGCUCAACUACCACAGUUAGGAUACACGCUACAGGUUAGAAAUAAAACCUUGAGUUUUACAAAUUUCCACGUGAAUGCCGAGGUGGAUUAUAGAAUCUCACAUUCUCCUGUACCAACUAUACCUGCUCCUCUACCCUUCCUCACUGCUAUCAG